GCUGCCUUUGCCUUCCAGGGUCGGUAUGCGGUACGGAGAGUUUGGAACGGAUGGGGUCUGGACCUAGAAGGUUGAGAUGAUGGGGAAUGACGUAACCGCGUGAUUGCGAUAGCUGAACUAACUCCACCAAACCUUCUUUCCACGGCUCUUUGCAUUGCAUGAUGACUGGAAGUUUUUAUGUGGGUGUGCUGAGGUUAGCUUGGAUCGUGGUGUUGGGCAUUGUUCUACUGUGCAGGUGUACCUGAUCGAUCACACGAUACUCACUACCACCACGAUCACUACUACGAACUAGCACAUGUGUGUGCACGAACCUACGCAUGUCGGCACGGCGCAAAACGCGUUUGGUGUGUAUAUCGGAUACGCAUAAUCAGACGCCGAAGUUACCGGCUGGCGAUGUCUUGAUCCACGCGGGUGACUUGACGAAUCAGGGGAGUUAUGCGGAGCUCAAGAGGACGGUGGAGUGGCUUGAACGGCAGGAGUUUGAGGCCAAGAUUGUGGUUGCUGGGAAUCACGACAUCACACUCGAUCCUCCAUUCUUUCGAGAAAACGAAGACUCGUGGAAAUGGCCUGCGCCCCAAGAUACAGAAGAGUGUAGAAGACUUUUGACGGAAUCCAAAUCGAUCAUCUACCUUGAAAAUGACUGUACGGAGAUACGACUAAAAGAACGGGGAACGUGCUUUACCAUCUUCGGGAGUCCGUGUACGCCCAAGCAGCAACUUGCGAGUUGGGCUUUUCAGUACAAACCCGACGAAGCAGAGGAGUUGUGGAACAAGAUUCCAAAUGCAGUGGAUAUUGUAGUUACUCAUACACCGCCAAAGGGGCGAUGCGAUGGAGUAGUAGCAGCGCCGGGUGGGCAGAAAGACAGAAUAAGGGAAGGAUGCCCAGCGUUGUUAAGAAGAUUAGAGCAAGUCAGGCCGAUCUUGAAUAUCUGCGGACACAUACACAACGGACGAGGCGUGGAGACGAUACGAUGGAGAGAAAGACAUGCAUUACUACAUCACCAAACCACGCCCAUGGAUAUCGGUACCCUAGUACCAAGCGUGCAGUUCUGGAACGACCCAGGAGCCUCCAACAAGAAACUUUCUCUAGUUGAUUUGACGACGGGCAUGCAGGUGAGAAGAGGGCGUGGUUCGGGCUGCGACCACCAUGCGAGCUUGACACGUCAAUUGCAGCCUGACUCGCGAGGGGACCGUCCGGAAGGCCAGCCUGAUGCGUCGUCUGCACCGGAUCAGACAGGGCGUCAGCCCCCGUCCGGUGGUGGUGAGAAGCUUAUCCCGACGGCACCAGCGAGCCUCACUGAUGUUGCCCUGCGGGACAGUGAGGCGUUGUGGAGAGGGAUUAGUGGAGGAAGACGGCGAGGGGGCGAUGCAGAUGAGCAUCAAGAUGAGAGCGAUACCGGACAUGGGUGUCCUGACGAGGCUACUCAGCGUCUCGCAGAACGACAGAGGGGUAUGCCUCCACUGGGGACGGAAGAACGCAGCCAGACCACGGUGAUCAACGCAGCGUAUCUGGGUCCGAGGGUUGCUGGCAAAACGUCGGUUGCCUACAACAAGCCGAUAGUCGUCGAUAUGGAGCUGCCUGUAUGGGGCUCUUGGGACAACGAUAAUGCUAGCUAAUGUGGGAUGACGGAUCAACUGCAGCGUACCUGUCCCAAAUGAUCUCAUUCCUAGCCAGCAAAGCACACUUGUCGAGCCAACACCUACAUCAUACUGC